AUGUCUUUAGAUAAUCAUCUAUUCAAUUUGAAAUUUGCUUCUAAAGAAUUACAACGAAAUGCGAAAAAGUGUGAAAAAGAAGAAAAAGCAGAGAAGACAAAAUUAACAGCUGCUAUAAAGAAAGGUAAUAUGGAAGUAGCUCAAGUACAUGCCGAAAAUGCUAUACGUAAGAAGAACGAAUCACUAAAUUACUUGAGGAUGUCAGCACGAAUUGAUGCCGUAGCAGCGCGUGUACAGACUGCAGCCACACAAAAGCGCGUAACUCAAAGUAUGUCUGGUGUAGUGAAAGCAAUGGAAUCAGCUUUACGUUCUAUGAAUCUGGAAAAGGUGCAGAAUUUAAUGGAUCGUUUUGAGAAAGAUUUUGAAAAUUUGGAUGUACAAUCUGCUACUAUGGAAGGUUCCAUGACAGCUACGACUACGUUGAAUGCACCGCAGGCUCAAGUCAACGCUCUUAUACAAGAAGCAGCGGAUAAAGCUGGCUUGGAAUUAAACUUGGAAAUGCCAGCUGGUGCAACUACAGCGCUUGGUGGUAAAAUUUCUGCCUCGGCUAAGGAAAAUGAUGAAUUAACUCAACGCCUUGCAGCAUUACGACAAAAUUAA